AUGGAGCUGGGGCCGGGGCUGGACAAGCUGGAGCUGCUGAGGAGGAAGACGCUCGCGGAGGAGGCGCCGGCGCCCGCCGCCCAUUUGCAGAAGAAAAUGGCAACAUCCUUUCCUGAUUCGACCCUGAGACGAGGAGUAGAUAAUCGAUACCUGGUGUUGGGGGUCAGUGUCGUACAGAAUGAAGGAAACCCAGAGAAACACCUAAUUAUAACAGCUUCUCAGUCGUUGGAAGAUCAAGAGCUAUGCAUCCUUAGGAAUGAGUGGAAUGACCUUUCAAUAGAGCCAGGAGACAUCAUUCAUUUGGAAGGAGAGUACAAAGCAGAUGCUUGGAUAAUAGAUAAAGAUUUUGGAUAUUUGACUCUCUACCCAGACAUGCUGAUUUCUGGCACGAGCGUAGCAAAUAGCGUUCGUUGCAUGAGAAGAGCGGUUCUGAGUGAAAAUUUUAGGAGCAGCGAUCCCAAUUCCCACCAAAUGCUGAUUGGCACAGUCCUGCACGAAAUAUUCCAGAAAGCGAUAACUGACAGCUUUGCCCAAGAAAAACUCCAGGAACUUGCUCUGCAGACUGUUCAAGAAAUAAAACAUCUGAAGGAAAUGUAUCACUUGAACCUAAAACAAGGUGAAUUUAAACAAGAAAUAGAAGACUAUCUUCCAUCGUUUUCCAAAUGGGCUGAAGAUUUUAUGCACAAGCCCACUUCGGUGGACCUCCCCAAGACGCCCUGCACUUCAUUAUGUGACAGAAACAAGGAUGAAUCAUCUUGUAGGAUUCAGGUAACCAAAGCUCUGGAUAUUGAAGAGAACAUUUGGUCUCCAAGGUUUGGCCUGAAGGGCAAGAUUGACGUCACAGUCAGCGUAAAAAUACAUCGCGGGUCUAAAGCUACGUGUAGAAUAAUGCCGUUGGAGCUUAAAACCGGCAAGGAAUCUAACUCUGUUGAGCAUAGAAGCCAGGUUGUUCUCUAUACACUACUAAGCCAGGAAAGAAGGGCUGAUCCUGAAGCCGGAUUGCUUCUCUACCUCCGGACUGGUACCAUGUACCCCGUGCCAGCCAGACGUCUUGACAGGAGAGAGUUAUUAAAGCUAAGAAACCAGGUGGCAUUCUACUUGUCCCAUGGUGUCACAAAAUCUACUGCAGGAAAGGAGCAAACCCAGCUUGCACACUUGCCACCAAUCAUUAAUGAUAGUUACACCUGUAAAUAUUGCUCACAGAUGGACAACUGUGCUCUUUAUAGCAGAGCGGUCGAACAACAGAUGGACAAGAGCUUCAUUCCCCACACCAUGCUGUCUAAAAUAGAGAAGGCAACGCAGCACCUGAAGCAUUCCCAUCUCCAGUAUUUCAGCCUUUGGUAUCUAAUGAUGACCCUGGAGUCCCAGUCAAAAGAUAGCAAGAGGAGCCACAGAAACAUCUGGUUAAUGUCAGCCUCAGAAAGGGAGAAGCAUGGCGACUGCAUUGGAAAUCUGAUUAGGACUGAAGAUGUCCAGACUAUUUGUAGUGGACAAUAUUUACAUACCUUCCAGCAUAAACAUGGUACAAUACCUAAUACAAACCUCAUGGUGGGAGACAGAGUCGUUCUAAGUGGAGAAGAAAGAAGGUUGCUUGCUUUAAGUAGUGGAUAUGUGAAAGAGAUCAGCAUGACCACUGUCACCUGUUUACUAGACAGGAAUUUGUCAAAAUUACCUGAGUCAACUUUGUUUAGAUUAGACUAUGAAGAAAGAAUUGGUGGUAUUGAAACUCCGCUAGGAAACCUUUCUAAACUGAUGGAAAACACCCCUACCAGUGAAAAGCUUCGAGAUUUAAUCAUUGACUUCCGUGAACCACAGUUUAUAGAGUACCUGAGUUCUGUGCUUCCACAUGAAGCAAAGGAUAGAGUUGCCCACAUUUUAAAAGGUUUGAAUAAACCCCAGAGGCAAGCAAUGAAAAAAGUACUUCUUUCAAAAGACUACACGCUUAUUGUUGGUAUGCCUGGAACUGGGAAAACCACAACAAUAUGUGCCCUCGUGAGGAUCCUCUAUGUUUGUGGCUUCAGCGUUUUGUUGACCAGUUACACUCACUCUGCUGUUGAUAACAUUCUUUUGAAGUUAAUGAAAUUUAAAGUAGGAUUUUUGCGUUUGGGCCAAACUCAGAAGGUUCAUCCCAGCAUUCAGAAAUUUACAGAGGAGGAAAUCUGCCGAGAAAAAGCUAUUAAAUCCUUAACUGGUCUGGAGGAGCUCUAUAACAGUCAACCUAUAGUUGCAACAACAUGUAUGGGAAUAAACCACCCAAUAUUUUCCCGGAGACGAUUUGAUUUUUGUAUUGUGGAUGAAGCUUCCCAGAUUAGCCAGCCAGCAUGCCUGGGCCCACUCUUUUUUUCAUCUAGGUUUGUACUGGUAGGAGACCACCUGCAGCUUCCUCCCCUUGUGCUGAAUAGUGAAGCAAGAGGUCUUGGCAUGAGUGAAAGUUUAUUCAAGAGGCUGGAGCAGAAACGGAAUGCUGUUGUUCAGUUGACUGUGCAGUAUAGAAUGAACAGCACAGUUAUGUCCUUAAGUAAUAAGCUCGUGUAUGAAGGAAAACUGGAGUGUGGAUCAGAAAAAGUAGCCAAUGCCACCGUCAGCCUCCCCCACCUGAAAGAUGUGAUACUGGACCUCCAAGCUCACAGAGAUUAUUCUGAAACUUUUUGGCUGAGGGGGGCAUUCGAACCAAAGAAUCCUGUCUGUUUUCUUAACACAGAAAAGGUUCCAGCACCAGAGCAGGCUGAAAAGGGCGGUGUGAGUAACAUAACAGAAGCCAAGUUAAUUGUUUUCCUGGCCUCAAUUUUUAUAAAGGCAGGUUGUAAUCCCUUGGACAUUGGUGUCAUUGCUCCAUACAGACAGCAGCUAAAAACCAUCACCGCUUUGCUGACUCGUUCCUCCGUCAGUACAGUAGAAGUUAAUACUGUGGACAAAUAUCAAGGAAGGGAUAAAAGCAUCAUUCUAGUAUCUUUUGUUAGAAGUAAUAAAGAUGGAACUCUUGGUGAGCUUUUAAAGGAUUGGAGGCGCCUUAAUGUUGCCAUCACAAGAGCCAAACACAAGCUGGUGUUGCUGGGCUGUGUGCCGUCCCUGAGCCGCUAUCCUCCUGUGGAGAAGCUGCUUCAUUAUCUCAAGUCAGAAAACAAGAUUUUCGAUCUUCCUUUGGGAGCACAUGAAAGUAUUUGUCAACAUAAUGUGUGAUGACUUCGAAGGUGAAAACACCAUUUCAGCUGCUUUUUCAAGACUUGAGAACCUCUUUUACACUCUGCAUUCUAAUAUUUAAAUAGCCAAGUGCCUAUGGUUAAUAAUUUUAUGUGGAUUUUCUAAAUUGGAUGAAAUGUUAGCCUUUCUAACAUCUUCCUAAGAAUCCAAACUAAUUAAUACACUAAAUGAGAUUUGGCUCAAAUGGUAUUAAAUGCCUAUCCAGGAUCUUCUUCUUUCUAACUUUGUUCUAAAUUUAUAAAAGAUUUAACUUGGUACAGAAUUCUUGUUGUGAGCCCUAGAACUAUGAAGUAUUAAGACUUUGUAGUUUAAGUAAACUUUUUAAAAAUAUGGUAUUAGAAAAGGAGACUUGAUUUCCCCCCCCUUUGCUUUGAAAAUAGAUGCAUUUCUGGAAAGUUAAGAAUUUUAGGACCUACAUUAGCCUUGUGGAUUUAAUGCCUGGUUAUUUACGAGAAAAAAAAUUGGAUUUUUUAAAAGACUAUCUAGGGAAUUAGGUUUAUUCAUGUCAUAAUUGAUAUUCGUGUGGCAGUAAGACCAAGUUUUUGGUUCUUUUUAUAAGUCUGUAAUCCAAAUCCCUUCCAUAAAGGAUGGCAGUCUUUCCAGGGUGCUAAUUUUAUUUUACUUAUCUUUUUUUGGGGGGGGGGUUGGUCUCACAGUUCCAAUCCUGGACAUUUUGCUCUUGUUUCAAGUUUGAACAUGUUAGAUACAUUACUGAAUUUAAAGUUGUUUCCAAUGAAUUUUAAUAGGGAACAGAAUAUUAGAUUUACCCUUAUUUUCAGAGUUAAACUUACUGUUUAGACCAAGUAGAAAAAGUGUCUACAUGUUUUAUUCUGUUCAUGUUUACAUAUUUCUAGCCUCAUUUAGGUAAAUUAGGUACCGUGUCUUUUAUGUAAAAAUGUGGUGAAAAUCAGUUGUUUCGUGUUUGUUAUUUAUUUGAUCCAUAUGGCUUAACUUAAAUUUGAACGUCUUUCAAUGCACGUUUACUGGUAAGGCAUUUUUAACAGGUUCAUUUGUGUGUAAAAAUGGUGCCUCUACCUCCUGUUUUUGUCAGAAUGUGCCAAAUAAAUUCUAGUUUUCCACC